UCCACAUGACAUCAACAGCGCGUGUGUCCUUUUGAGGGUCCAGCAGUGACUUCUGAGUGGACAUGCAGACCCGCAGCUGAUGUGGAACAGAGAUUUACUUCAAAUAAAGUGUGAAUAAUGUUGUAGAUGUAGAAGAGGACGGGGCUGGGCGUCACGGUGCUGAUUUCAUUCUGAUUUGUCUAUCUCCAACACUGAUGAUGUUUCUGCGCUGGUGUUUCCCGCGGGUCAGACGGAUGUGUGCGUGUCAGCAGAUAACCGUCAGGUUCUUCAGCAGCAGCCGGACGCUCCUUAAAGAUGACCCACAGCAUGAGGAGAAGCUGGAUCUGGACGCCUGGAAGUCUGUGAUGAGAUCUCAAGCUCUGCCGGAAGAUCCUCCGCAUCUGCAGGACUCGACAUCGGCUGCGUCAGUGCUGGAGGCGCACCGAGAGCUGGUGGAGACCUGGCAUCAUGCCGGAAAGCUGGUGCCGAAGGUGAUCACGGAUCAGCAGCUGCAGGAACUCUCCAUUCUCACCACUAAAUCCUCCAAGAAGAAAUACCUCAAAUUCCUGGCCAUCAAAGAGGCGCAGAAGAUCAACGACAAGAGGAAGCAGGAGAAGAAGAGAGCUGAAAGAGAAGCGGAAAAACUCCAUGAUAAUAAUGGAAAAGAGGAGGACGAGGAGGAGCGAGCCGCAGGCCUGGAGAACACCUUCAUGCUGAGGCUCCGCAACAACUCCAUCGAGUGCGCACACAACUGGAGGGCGGCGCAGGCGAUGCGCUUCGACCAGCCGCUGGUCUUCGACAUGAGCUACGAUCAGCAGAUGAGCCGGCAUGAGCUGGAGAAUACGGUCAGUCAGCUGCUGGAGAGCGAAGGCUUUAACCGGCGGGUUCAGGAGCCGUUUCACCUGCACUUCUGCAGCCUGCAGCCGGGGGGAGCAUACCACCGCGAGCUGCUGCGGAGAUACGGGGACGAGACCUGGAGACGCCUGCUGAUCACGCACACAGAGCGCUCGCCGCUGGAGCUGUUCCCACAUCAGGACCUGGUGUACCUCACCGCAGACUCACGCUCCGUCCUGCGCACAUUCGACCACACCAAGGUGUAUAUAGUGGGAGCUAUGGUGGACCGCAGCAUCCGCGCAGGAGCAUCGCUGGCUAACGCUAAACGCCUGAAACUGGCCACGGCGCGCCUCCCGCUGGACGAGUAUCUGGACUGGGAUUGUGGAGCUAAAAAUCUGACUCUGGAUCAGAUGAUCCGCAUUCUGACCACGGUGAAGCAGACGGGCAGCUGGCAGAAAGCGCUGGAGUUUGUGCCCAAGAGGAAACAUAAAGGUUUCCAUCAACCAAGCGGAGACCGGAGGAGCCAGAAAAACCACAGAGGAGCAGCAGACAGAGCCCCCUGGUGGAGGCAGCAGAAACAACACCAACAGAAAUAAUCAUGCGGUUACUGACGGACUGCAUUUACAGCAGUGAGAAGAGAUGCAGACGUCAACGAUAUUCUGCUUCAUGUGGUGAAACCCAAAUAAUAAAAGCACGUAGUAGGACUCUUCUGGAUAGUAUUUUAAUACCAAUUAAAGAAAUAUAAAAAAAAAAGAUUUCAGUGUAAGAGAGAUGAGGAGAAUAUUAUUACUGAUUCUGCAUUUACAGCAGCAAAAUGAUUUCAGACAUCAUAAAUCUGCUUCAUAUCGUGAAACUAAAGCUAAACACAAAUCAAGACUAUAUAAUAAAUAAAAGCAUGUGUUUUCUGUUUCAUUUAGACAAUUUUAAUACCAAUUAAUGUAAUGUUUUUUCUUUUAUCAGUCUAAUGAGAAGGCUAUAAACAGAGGUCGGAGUGGGUGGUGGGACUUGAGCUCUAAGUGGGCUAUACAAACCUGAAGUUAUUUACAUUUAGUCAUUUAGCAGACGCUUUUAUCCAAAGCGACUUACAAAUGAGGACAUUUAUUUAUUUAAUUAAUGUCUUGAACAUGACACGGAGUCCAAUAUUGUGCUUUGUGAAUGUCUACACCUACCCCAAGCCUUAACCCAACCUCACAGUAACCUGAUGUGUUUUAUUAAUAUCUGCUCCACCUGCACCUACUUGCGGUGUAAUCCCUCCCACAUGGAGGUCUCUGGGCUGCAGCGAUACCUUCUUGAGUCUAAAGGGCGUCACACACCGGAUGCACUGCGACACGGCACGCACACCAGACACGCACAUUCGCAUGUUAUUUAAAAUUAAAGUAUACAGAUGGCGCGGCAGAAAUAUGAACAGUGUCAUGGCUGGGCGCCGCCAACAUGCAGUGCCGGUGUGUGUACCCUGAUAGAAACCUUUAGAAUUCUAAAAUGCGUGGCGCGUCGCUUCUGGUGUGUGACCCCCUUCAGAGUAUAAGUAUUGUGGACGUAUGUAUUAGCACAUUUAUUAAUACUUAUAAUAUUAAUAUUCAUUUUGACUAUUUUAUUUUUUUAAAUAAUUUCAUUUUAAGUGUAUAAAAAAGAGCCGGAUAUCGGGAUAAUGAAGAUAUUGAAAUAAUCUGGUACAGCGGGCGGUCACACAAGGCACGACCCAAAUCUGCAGUUGUUAAUAACUUUAUUUUUAUUUUUUGAGCUCCAACCGAUCAAUAAAAUUGUUAGAUUUUCCAUUUUAAUGGCCAAUCAAAUAUUAAUCCCCAUACAGGAAAUAUUAAACCUAAAUAAUUCAUACAUUAACAAACCUAAAAUAAAAACUAAACGCAGCCUGACAGACUGUGCCUUAAAACAGAUCAUAUUGCUCUCUCUCUCUCUCUCUCUCUCUCUCUCUCUCUCUCUCUCUCUCUCUCUCUCUCUCUCUCUCUCUCUCUCUCUCUCUCUCUCUCUCUCAUGUGAUUUUCUUUAAAGUGUACUUUUAAAUAGCUCAUUACUUCAACAUCACCGUUUGUUUUGUGCAGUUUGUAUAUUGUAGUUAUAUAAGCGUGUGUUAAUGUGACGCCAUAGUCUACAUCAGGAGUGAGUCAGCUAGUUUUUGAACACUCAGCCUUGGUUAUAAUCCACUUUUGGAAAUAUUUUGGUGUAUUAUUUACGAGGCAUUUACAAAAUAAACAAUGGGAAAUAAAACUCACACUGUGAUUGAGACAGAAAUAAUAAAUGAUGAUAAUACUAAUGACAUUAGUGUAAUCAAAGAACUAUUUUUUAAAGCAGAAGUGAAACUCGUACUGUUCCUGAUUCUGAAUAUUAUUUCACACAUCACUAAACUUGUGCUUCAUGUAACAUUCAGGUAGAAUUUGAGCUAGAUUUUGCAUUUUGUCAUAAUUUUGGUGAUUAAAUUAGACAGUUUCUUGUGAA